AUGAAAUGGCUUGAUAAUCAGCCUUCAUCAUCUGUCGUGUUUCUGUGCUUUGGAAGCCUGGGGGCGUUCAAUGAAGCUCAAAUGAAGGAGAUAGCAGUUGGGCUGGAGAGGAGUGGGCACGGCUUCUUGUGGUCAGUGCGUCGGCCGGCGGAGACUGAAGCCGGCACUGUGAGUGAUUACACCAAUCUAGAAGUAGAAGAGGUUCUGCCCGAUGGUUUCUUAGAUCGGACGGCAGGGAGAGGACUAGUGUGUGGGUGGGCUCCACAAGUGGAGAUCUUGGGGCAUAGGGCCACUGGGGACUUCGUUUCUCACUGCGGCUGGAACUCAACUCUCGAGAGCUUAUGGUUUGGUGUAGCGAUGCUUGCAUGGCCGGUUUACGCAGAGCAGAAGGUCAAUGCGUCUGUGCUGGUUAAGGAGAUGGGAUUGGCGGUGGAUGUGGGCUGUUUGAAAAGGACGGAGACGGACGGUGGGGAUGUGGUGACAGCUGAGGACGUAGAGAGAGGAAUAGUAUCAGUAAUGGAUAGUAACAACGUAGUGAGAGAAAGGGUUGGAGAGAUGAAAGAGAAAAGCAGGAAGGCUGAGACGGACGGUGGAUGUUCAUUCGCUUCAUUGCAGCAAUUGAUGGAUGAUGUGAUGGAAAGCAUCUGA